GUCACUGUUUACGCGCUUUGUUACAGGAAGCUUGAGAGAAGUGGUCGAGUCUUUCAGAUAGAAAGGAGAAAUGGUUCUCUCAAAGUAAACAUUUGUAAUUACUGUGAAAGUGGGGGGAGAAAACGUAAACAGUACAUUACGAGCUCAAUUAUAUUUAAUUAUUCCGAAUUAUAUGAAGGAUUAAAAAGUUUUGCCCAAUGUUUUGAUUUUAGAGGACGAAUACAGAGGAGAAAAGCAGAUCAUGCUGUCAAAACGGGUCCCGUACUGCCGUGAUACCUCAACUUUUUUAAGUUCUCUACGGAUUAUGUUUUAGGCUUUUUUAUAUUAUUAUUAUAUAUGUUUCUGCAGAAUGAGGUCUCUAAACAGCCAGGGGAGACCUUUGCACCUUGUCUCUGUCUUUGGAAGUGCAUUUAACAGGAUAAGAACUACUCAUUAUUUAAUUUAUGAAAAGGAGCCUGUUUUGCUUAUGAGAAGUUCACGAACGUUGGUCAGAGAGUUGAGCCGCUCAGUUCAAACUCUGCAGUAUGACCUGAAAAAAUCUGACAUCACUAAAUCUGGCAACAGGAAGUUAUUCUUUGACACUCAUGCAAUGGUUCAACUGCUGGAGGGAAGCGGUUUCACAACCCCGCAGGCAGAGGUCAUCAUCAAGAUGAUGGUUAAUAUUACAAAUUCUAAUAUGGACGUCAUGUACGGUGACAUGGCUACAAAGACACAACAGGAGAUCAUGUUACAGAAGGUUAUGUCUCACAUUGCUGCUGUGAAAAAGGACAUGAUCAUUCUGGAGAAGAGUGAAUUCACAGCAUUACUGGCAGAGAAUGAGAAAAUCAAGAUUAAGUUAUUACAGCUAAAGAUGCAACUCAUUGAUGUGAUGAACAAAAAGCGUGCAGACACCAUUUUGGAUAUGAAUCUAGAAAAAAGUCAUGUGAAGGAGAUGACUGCAGAAUUUAACAGGCAGCUUCUUGGGACCAGGCAUGAAUUGAUGGAAAUGCAUUCAGAGCAGGAUCGGCAUGUGACACAGACCAACAUGAAAAUCGACACCGAAGUGGCUGGCCUGAAGACUAUGCUGGAGGCACAUAAACUGGAUUCAAUCAAGUAUCUUGCAGGUUCAGUAUUCACAUGUCUCACAGUUGUACUUGGAUUCUAUCGGAUAUGGAUGUGAACGUCAAGAGACAUUGUUCUUCUUGAAAAAACAUCUCAUCAGCUUCAAGCCAUUGGAAGAGCUAUGGCAUUUAAACUUAACUUUUAAUGCUUUUUAAGAUUUCUUUGUUCUUUUAGGACACUAAAUUAUGUUUAUAUACCUAGAUCAAGCAUGCAAAAUCUUGCAUUAGUGUCUUGAAGUUCUUGCUUACUACAAAGUCAACAGCCUAAGAAGCCUAAGACAUAUAAAUAUAUACCAAAUAAUUUGUAAAGUAAACAUGUUCACACCAUUCUGCAUCUGAGAUUCAAGAACAUAAAUUCACAUAUGCGUUUCACAGUUUUAGCAAAUUUUACAAAAGCUGUUUUUAGAACAGACGCAUAUAAAGCCAAGUUUGCAUGUCAUUCUUUGUGUUCUUUAAUAGUUCAUCCUGCAUAAUGGUUGCAUGAUAAAAUUAUGCCGUUUAAAUACACUGCAUAUUAUUAAAUAAAGAGCAGUUCAAGAGAUUGAGGGAUCACAUUAUAUGUAUUUGGGAGCAGUACACCAAAGACUGUUGCCAGAAUAAAUGCAAAUAUCCUGUUACACUUUAUUUUACAUAGCUCUUGACUAGAAUGAGUUCAUUGCAUCUCAAAAACAUGUGGUGUCCUAAAGUUAGCAUCUGAGUUAUCAAAUUAAGCAUUUUGUAUGUUGUCUUUUUUAUCGCUGAGAACUUAUAUGCACAAGAUAUGUUACAUAAUUUGUAUUACAUAUAUUGUUUUAUGAUAAUGUUAUUCUUAUUUCAAUAAAAGUCAUUAAAUAGUC